AUGCAACAAAGUCGACUUACCAAAGAAGAAUACCGCCAAGCUAAAGACCUUGAUGCCGCUCGUAAAGCCGGUACAGCACCUGCAGAGGUUGAUGAUGAAGGCAGAGAAAUCAAUCCUCAUACCCCGCAGUUCAUGUUGAAAGCACCAUGGUACGUCGAUAACGGCAAAGUAUCAUUAAAGCAUCAAAGAGCACCGCAGAAGCGUAAAGGGCCCAAGUUUACUGAAGAUGAUAACUUUUGGUAUGCCAGAGGAAAGAGAGCUGGACCUGCUGCAACAAAAUAUCGUAAAGGAGCUUGUGAAAAUUGUGGAGCUAUGACCCAUAAAACCAAAGACUGUGUAGAGCGACCACGUAAAAAGGGAGCAAAAUGGACAGGAGAGAACAUCAAAGCAGACGAAAUUAUUCAAGAAGUGGAUCUGGAUUGGGACGAAAAGCGUGAUCGAUGGAACGGUUAUGAUCCCAAGGAACACGACAAGGUUAUUGAAGAAUACAACCAAGUGGAAGAAGCUAGAAAGAAAGCCAAAGCCAGUGAAUUGGAUAAGCAAGGACCCACCACAACCUCUGAAGCGAAGAAAAUUGCAGGAUUAUCUGAUGACGAGGACGAGCAAGAUGAUGACAAGUAUGCCGAUGCAGCAGACAUGCCAGGUCAACAUGUCAAUCAAAAGACAAGAACUACUAUCCGCAACUUGAGAAUUCGUGAAGACACAGCCAAAUACUUGUUGAAUUUGGAUACGGACUCUGCGUUUUAUGAUCCCAAAACCCGUUCCAUGCGUGAAAAUCCCUUGGAGGGACAGCAGAAUGACGAUGGUAUAGACUUUUCAGGUGAUAACUUUGUCAGAUACACCGGCGAUGCACCACAGAUGGCCAAGGUACAAAUGUUUGCCUGGCAAGCGUCUGAUAGAGGCAAUGAAGUACAUUUGCAAGCAAAUCCUACGCAAGUGGCUAUUCUCCACAAAGAGUAUGAAUCAAAGAAGGAUCAAGUCAGAGAUACAACUCAAAAGAGCAUUUUGGAGAAAUAUGGUGGUGAAGAGUACCUGGAAGCACCUCCCAAAGAGCUGUUGUUGGCACAGAGCGAGAACUACGUGGAGUAUUCAAGAACGGGUAGAGUGAUCAAAGGUCAAGAAAGAGCCAAAGCCAGAUCGAAAUACGAAGAAGAUGUGUUUAUCAAUAAUCAUACAACGGUGUGGGGAUCUUAUUGGUCUGAGGGUCAGUGGGGAUACAAAUGCUGUCGUUCCUAUGUCAAGAAUUCCUAUUGUACAGGCCAAGCAGGCAUUGAGGCACAAAAGGCCUCCCAACUCAUCAAAUAA